AUGUCUUUGCAAGAGAGAUUCGAAAAAGCCACCGUUGACGUCAAGAAACUCAACAACGCCACGAACUCAGAGAAACUUGAGUUUUACGGCUUGUUUAAGCAGGCAAGCGGCGAGACUAUCAACCCGGACAAUAAACCCAGUCGCUGGCAAAUCGAGGCAUCUGCCAAGUACAGUGCUUGGGAGAAAGUCAGCGAACUUUCCGUCGAAGAAGCGAAAGAACGGUAUAUCGAACUCUUUGAAAAACUCAAGGCGAAAUAUGGUCUGCAGGAAGAAGAAGAGAAAUAA